UUUGCCCUGCUUCUGGCCUGAGAGCUUGGUAACGCAGGCCAGGUGCAGCUGGUUAGCCUGAAGACACAUUUCACCUGGAUGCCUCUUCUCCUCUCCCAGGGCCCACUGCAGUCCCAGAUCCCUGUAGCAGCUUUUCCUGUGGGGCUCUGGCUUUUCUUAUAAACCAGGGCUCUGGGAGCCCAAGGGGUUUUCUCUGUUCCAAGGGGCUUCAGUUUGGGUGAGGAGGGAAGGAGACCAUCUCUUAAAGGCCCCUAGGAUGUAGUGCCAGAAGCUGGUGGGCUCUUGUUGCAGUGGCAGCCCUGUGAAGCAGAUGAAGUGCCAUGUUGUCCCGUAGCUCCAUGGUGGCCCUGGGGCUCGGCUCUGAGCCCAGCUGCAGCACCCCAGUCCAGGUGCAAGCAAACCCCUUCUCUGCCCUGCACUUGCUUCCGCGCAGGAGCUCGCUCCUUCCCCCGCUCAGCCAGGAGGACUUCUUCGAGAGCUUCGAUGGGAGCUUCUAUGAUGUGAAUGAUAUUUUUGGGGCUGACUCAUUUGAGUGCGACUGCUCCGUGCCCGAUUCGCAGCUGAUCAAGAGGAUCGUUUCUCAAGUGGAGUUCUACUUGUCUGAUGAGAACCUCGCCAAGGAUGCCUUCCUCCUGAAGCAUGUCCAGAAGAACAAGAUGGGUUUUGUGAGCAUCAAACUACUGACCUCUUUCAAGAAGGUGAAAUACCUCACCCGAGACUGGCGGCUCACUCUGUAUGCCCUGCAUUUCUCAGAGCUCCUAGAAGUGAAUGAGGAAGGGACCAAGGUGAGGCGGAGAAACCCCAUCCCAGAGUCUCUCCUGAGCAUCCCACCGAGCAAGCUGCUCCUGGCCUGGAACCGCCUGCCCCACGAGCAAGCCCUGUCCCUGCCGCUCCAAAAGAGCUUCAUCGAGACCAUCACCAAGAUGUUCAGCCCGUUCGGUGCCAUCACCUCCAUCCGCAUCCUGCGGCCCGGCAAGAAGCUGCCGUCGGACGUGAAGAAGUAUUCCUUCCGCUACCCCGAGCUGCUGACCAAGUGCUGUGCCUUGGUGGAGUACGAGAGCCUGGAGAACGCUAGGAAGGCCUACGAGGAGCUGAACCACAGCCAGGGCUCGCUGGGCAUCAAGGUGGUCCGUCUCUCGGGGAAAGGCUCCAAGAAGAAGAGCGGGGCUGAGCAAGAGGAGGAGGUGGAGCUGGCUGGCAAGCCAGGCUGGAAGCCGCAGGCAUCACCGGCAUCGGAGAAGAUGCCGUGUAGCACGGGAGACUCCUUCUUCUGCAGCUCCUCCGAGUCCGACAGCACACCAACUUCCCCUCCUGUGCUAAUGCAGCAGUAUCUCUCUUCUCCGGCGUGGCCCGCCAGCAGCCUCUGCAGCUUGGGGGCAAGCUUCAAACCCUGCUUCUUCAGCACCCCGUACUCCAGCCCUCUUCUCUCCGGUAAAGCCCUCCAGUGCCCUUCAUCGCUGGCCGCCGAGCUGGGGAACGGAGGACCGUCCAGCCUGAGCGCGAGCCCCGAGUACCACCGAUUUUCUGACUCCUGCUGGGACAGCGGGAUCGGGUCUGGCAGCUCGUGGGUGCAGCGGCGACGCGCGGCGGCUCAGAGCCCACCUCUGGAAACCAAACCUCUACUCUGCAGCCCUCUGGCGGCGAGGAAGGUGCCCGAUUCCUUUGGCCUUCGACCGGGUGUGAUCCGCCUGCCCCAUGGGCCGGAUGGGACCAAAGGCUUCUACAGCAGCAUCGGGCGAGGGAAGCUGGUCCUGAGGCACUGAUGCUACCGCUGCUGCUUCUCUCAAGUAACGUAACCUCUCUAAAUUUUUUUUUUUUUUUCCCCACCCCACCCUCCUGGAACAUUUUGAUUAUCUGCUAAUGAUGUAAGUGCAGCCACUUAGGAAGCUGGAGUGUGAAGUCUUGGCAACUUAGGGAUUAGGAGGAGCUUGCAGUGAGUCGGCUGGCAAGGUGAGAUGCUGAGGCUGAUGUAUCGAGCCACCAUGCCCAGCCAGCAUGGCUGCUUCUGUCUCGGUGCUGUCUAGUAUCUAGACACCUUCUAAAAUAUCCCAGCUCUCUAGCUGAGACUGGUGACGGCUUGGGGCCCAGAGUGAACUAUAACGCUUGGCUAGUAACUGCAGACGUAUCUCAACCUGCACCUAUUGCAAGCAAGACUCAAUGGCUUGUUCCUCUGUCCGAUCCAAUAAUGUUGCCUCCGGUGCUCUGAGCAAUGCAUCACGUUGGGGGUUUCCACCCCGCUGGUUCUUGAUCUUCGGCUUGUGCGACCAGGCCGGAGGAGGAGGUAACGGUGCUGCAGAGCUGUAGUAGUAGGUUGUUUCUUGUGGGGGUGGGUGGGACUUGUCUGUAAUUUGGCAAAAGAGGUUACGGAGAUCAAAUGUUAAAAUGAUCAAUAAAGAGAGUGGAAGUGUUCCAGGCA